AUGUCACAAGAAAUAGAUGAACUCGAUAAGGAAUUAAACGAUGAGGAGUCUGUUCUCAACCACAUUCCAGGCGACGAGCCACUUGACCUAUAUGAUGACGAGAAAUACAUUGGCGAAGCCUAUAAAAAGGAAGUAAGAUAUUCAAUGAUUCUAGGAUCGAUAGUUCUGGAAACAUUCGAGGAAGACUGA